AGCGGGGAAAAGUUACUGCGGCUGAGUAAGGCGGGGCGGCAGGGGGAGCCCUGGAACCCUGCCCAGUCGCGAAGCAGGAGCAUAGACUCCGUAAGGCAGCAUUGGAUGCUGAGGCGAGAGCUCCGGAGCGCAAAGAACUAAUCCCGAUCUAACCCAGCCGCUUGGCCAUGGAAUCCUCCGGACUGCUCGUGACCUGCUGCUCUUUCGCCGCCUUCCGGGGGAUGCACUGGGGGCUGCAGUUGCUUCUCCCCUCGGGACCUGCUGAUCGGGACAAUUGGAAGUGGCGGAACAUCUGUGUCUCCCUGGUGCACAGUCUGCUCACGGGGGCCGGGGCGCUACUUGGGCUGGCGCUGCAUCCUCACAUGGUGGCUGACCCUAUCCAUGGCCACCCACCCUGGGCCCUGGUGCUGGUGGCUGUAUCUGUGGGUUAUUUCCUGGCAGAUGGAACUGACAUGCUGUGGAACCAGACCUUGGAUCAGGCCUGGGAACUUCUCUGUCACCAUUUGAUGGUGGUAAGCUGCCUCAGCACUGCCAUUUUAUCAGGCCAUUAUGUGGGCUUCUCUGUGGUGUCUCUGCUCCUGGAGCUGAACUCUGCCUGCCUGCACAUCCGGAAGUUGUUGUUGCUUUCUCACCAGGCCCCAUCCCUGGCCUUCAGCAUGGCCAGCUGGGCCUCCCUGGCCACCCUUGCCCCCUUCCGCCUGCUGCCAUUGGGUUGGAUGAGUCUGUGGUUGAUCCAGCAGCACCACCGGGUGCCCACUGCCCUGGUUGUCCUUGGUGGGAUUGGGCUUCUCACAGUGGGUGUCAUGAGCAUCAUCUUAGGUGUGCGGAUUUUGAUCAGUGAUGUUCUGCGGUCUCGGCCAUGCCCAUCCACUUCUGGGCCCAAGGAAACCAGGGGUACCAGGAUAUGCUGUGAUGGUGAGCCUGUCAACAGAGAUACUCCUACUCUCAGUAUAAAGAACUAAAGAGAAGCCUUAGCCUUC